CAGUAUUCCUGCUGGAGGCAGGGACACCAGGCUCUGCCUAAGGAGCAGGAGGAAGUGCCAGAGUGAACAUUCUAGAGAUGAGCAAGCUCCCUGUGGAAGGAGGAAUCAUGGAAAACUUCCUGGAGGAGGAGGACUUGAUGUAGACUUUCUGCUAAACCCCAGAGAUGAAGGGCCUCCUCCCACUGGCUUGGUUCCUGGCUUGCAGCAUACCCACUGUGCCAGGAGGCUUGAUAGAACUGAAGUCGAUGAUUGAGAAGGUGACAGGAAAGAACGCCCUGACGACCUAUGGUUUCUACGGCUGUUACUGUGGCUUGGGCGGCCAAGGAACCCCCAUGGAUGCCACUGAUUGGUGCUGUUGGGUUCAUGACCGCUGUUAUGGGCAGCUGGAGGAGGAAGGCUGCAACGUCCGGACACAGUCCUACAAAUACAGAUUCUCACGGGGCCUGGUCACCUGCGAGCGUGCGUCCCUCUGUCCUAUGCAGCUCUGUUCCUGUGACCGGAAGUUUGUCUACUGCCUGAAGAGAAACCUCUGGAGCUACAACCCUCACUAUCGCUACUUCCCCAAUUUCUUCUGCUCCUAGUCACCUCAGGCUGCUCCCGCUAGACUGAGACUUUGUUCUCUUCUCCAACACAGAGUUCUGACUCUGCUGGGGGUCCUGGGACAGACUCCUGGCCUCAGACCUCAUUCUUUCUUGGAGGAGCCCCAGGGCAACCCUUCACCUUCUGGAAAGUCCCAAGAGAGUGACUCCAAUCAUGUGGCUUGACAAGGUCCCAGGGUCUCUGGGCUUCUGUUGCCAUGCUGAGUGCUGUCCUCUAAGCCAGGGCCAGCUGUGUCUCUCCUUUCCCCUGAAGACAGCACUUGUCUCCAGCUAGAAGACCUCCCUGGCUCGCACUUGCCUUUUAGCUUCUGCAAUCAGAUUGUCACCACCGCCUUCCAGAGA